AUCCCAGUUCUGCUGCAGCAGGGCAGAGCCAUGAGGCUCUCAUUUUUUUGAAUCCUCUGGUGGUUGUUUCUCUCCUCUAGAGAUAUUUGGGUCAUCACAACAAAUUCCUGUACUGCACAUGGAGCCAUGCUGAUGGUCAUCUUUGUUUCCUUUCCUAACAGACCAGCGAGCCUAACACCUUCCAUUAGUUCCCAAGUAUCUUGAAAUAGUUGGUAUCAGUUUUUUCCAGCCUCAAAAGGCAAAUGUGGGUGUUCUAUUUGACAGCUCUCCCACCAUAUCGGGAUAUAUACUUCCUUGCAUAUUUCUGCAGGGGUCACAUAUCACUUUUCACAUUAAAAGGCAGUAUGAGUUGUUUUUUAGUAUUUAAAUGUCAGUAUUCUCUUUGCUGAGGAAAACAUAUUUUUUGAUGCGGUAUUUUGUUGCCUAUAUCAGCCAGGUUUGUCAAAGAUCUCAGAUCCCCUCGGCCCCUACAGUGCUGUACUUAAUUAAGUCAAAAUAAUAACAACAGGUUGUUCUUGCCUGGGGUUUUGUUUGUUUGCUUGUUUGGGGGGAUUUGUGGUUUUUUUUGUAGUGGUACCUGUCUGUACUAAAGGGUUGGGUUUUUUAAAUUUUGAGUACUGUGUCAAACACUUUAAAUGCUGCCUUUUUUUGCACCCCCCACAGUGGAAAGGGUCUGUAAUCUGUCUAGUGGAGGUAAAUGCAGGGAAAGAAAGGAUAACAGUUUCAAUAAUGAGGUUGAAAUAUCCAAAGGAUAAUUUGAAAAUGCAUCUGAUAUUGAAUCACUUGUGUUGUUAGUUUUCAAAUUCUAAUUUGUAAUGAGAACAAUACAGCUUAAGCAGAUGUGGUAUGAAUGUAGCCUAGGAACUUUCAAAUAUUCUGUAAGGGCAGCUUUCUUUUUAUGGAGUCAUUCAGAAAGCAGCUCUGUUCUCUAUAAAAUGCUCUGUAAAUUGCAGUACUCUUAUCUUGCAGCCCUUUUUGAUUGAUGCUCCUGAAGCAUUGGGCUUUACUGUCAUUAAUGUGAUAUUUUAAACAGAAGUACUGCAUGGUCAUGAAAGAUUCUCUAUUUUCUGUGUGAACAGGGCUAUUGGCCCCUUUGCCCUGCAAGCUUCCAUUUGCAUAAGCAGCAUACCUUGCAGUAAGUUCAGUCUUUGCCCAAUGACGGGGCACUGAAUAACGUUGUGCACAGCAGCUGCUGGUGCCCCUGACCUCAGCGGGCCGGCAUUCCUGCGAGGAGCAGCGCGUUCCGUAAAGUAAAUGCGGCGUGCCUGACGAGCUGCCUCAGGCUGAUUAGCUGGCCCACAACUGCAGCGGGGCUAAGGGGGAAUUCAUGCUUUGAAGGCUUCCAAGCAAAAGCUACAAUGAGUGCUGCUAAUUAAGGCCUUCCUCCCCAGUGGUCUCUAUAUGAUUAUUAACUUACAUGUGAAGAAACUGAGAGACAGAAGAAUUGUGAUUUAUCCCAGGCCAUGUGACAUGAUGGUGACAAAAACAGGAUUAGUGCCUUGCCCUGCCCUGCUUCAGACGCUAUGCAAGUUCAUUGUGUUCCUAGAAACAAUUGUAUUUUGAAAAACAAGGCAGUGUCAAUGUGAAAGCUAAGUAUGUAUUAUCAGAGCUUUCAAGAGAAGUGAACAGAUGAUUUUGGUCUAUUUCUUGACAAAAAUUUGUCGUUUCAGUUGGUUGUAGAUAAAUUUUGUAGCUGUAUAAUUUUACUUCAAGUACGAAGUAUUGAAAGUAAAUAAGCAGUGUACCCUGUUUUAGCAAUGGUUUAAAAUAGAGAUUUCUGCUGAAAUGCCACUGAAAUAUUGUUCUAAGAAUUUCAAGCUCAAGAUAACAAUUUGGCUUGGUUUUGACCAGUGCUGAUAGCUAAAGAUACAUUAUUUCUGAAGCAGAGACCUCCAUGUCUGAUGGUUAGCUGGGCAUAGAAUGCAGUCAUUGUGGUAUUGGGGUGUUCUGUUUUUUUUGUUUGUUUGUUUUGCUUUUUUAAAUUAAGCUAGCAAAAUUGAAGAACUUGUACUGAGUUUUAAUUGUGAGCAUUCUUUGUUUUUUUUUAAUUUUUUGAUCUUUGCACUGACCAGAUAAACUAUCAAUGUGCAUUUACACCACACACUCACAUCCCAAAGUUUUUAGCAUGUUUGGAUUUUGACAGGUAGAGCACUUUGGUAUUUAUAAUUUCUUUUGAGAUGGCCUCUAAUGGCAAAAAUAUUUUGAAAUCUAAACAGAAAGCUUGAAGAAGACUUCAUUCCCAGACCUGUGCUAUAUUUCAGAUUGCCAUAUGCAAUGGACACUGAUCUCAGUUCCCAGGACAGGAAGGACCUGGACAAGUUCAUCAAAUUUUUUGCUUUAAAGACAGUACAAGUAAUUGUCCAGGCCCGACUUGGAGAGAAAAUCUGUACCCGCUCGUCAUCCUCCCCAACAGGUUCUGACUGGUUCAAUUUGGCAAUCAAAGAUAUACCAGAGGUUACUCAUGAAGCAAAGAAAGCCCUGGCAGGACAGCUGCCCGCUGUUGGACGGUCUAUGUGUGUGGAGAUUUCUCUCAAAACCUCAGAGGGGGACUCCAUGGAGCUGGAAAUUUGGUGUCUGGAAAUGAAUGAAAAGUGUGACAAAGAAAUCAAAGUUUCAUACACUGUAUACAACAGGCUGUCUCUAUUGCUGAAGUCUUUGCUUGCUAUAACCAGAGUAACUCCAGCCUACAGACUCUCUAGGAAACAAGGCCAUGAAUAUGUAAUAUUGUACAGGAUAUAUUUUGGUGAAGUCCAGCUGAGUGGCUUGGGAGAAGGUUUCCAGACAGUCCGUGUUGGGACAGUGGGUACCCCAGUGGGCACCAUCACUUUGUCUUGUGCCUACAGAAUCAACCUUGCUUUCAUGUCAACCAGGCAGUUUGAGAGGACCCCUCCUAUCAUGGGGAUUAUAAUUGAUCACUUUGUGGACCGUCCCUAUCCCAGCUCUUCACCCAUGCAUCCCUGCAAUUACAGAGCUGGUGAGGACAAUGGUGCAGUAUACCCCUCAGUAGAAGAUUCCCAAGAAGUGUGUACCACAUCUUUUUCCACCUCUCCUCCAUCUCAGUGUGUUUUUACUGUCACAAAGGCACAUUUUCAGACCCCUCCUCCUGUGGUGACGGACACCUUGAAGGUCCCAGUGAUGGGGCUGGCCUUUUCACAUCAACUUUCCAGCUCACGUCUUUCCUAUCAGCCUGCUGCCCUGGGAGUUGGAUCAGCUGACAUGGGGUAUCCUGUACUCUUUGCUGGUGGUUUGAAUGCUGCACACCCUCACCAGUUGAUUGGUCCAGGCAAAGAAGGGGGAGUUCCCCCAGUUCCUAGCCAGCCAGCACAUGGCACUCAAGCUGACCAAGAGAGGAUGUGCACCCCACUGGAGGGAGUCCAUUACUCAGCAGCUACUCCUUCUAGCAGUGAGGACACAGAAACAGUAUCCAACAGCAGUGAAGGAAAGUGUGGCUCCCCACAUGACCUUUUGGAGACCAUCUUUAUCCGGAAGGUGGGAGCUUUUGUCAACAAACCCAUUAACCAGGUGACCAUGGCCAACUUAGACAUUCCUUUUGCCAUGUUUGCUCCCAAGAAUGUUGAGCUGGAAGAUAACGACCCCAUGGUCAAUCCUCCUGAAUCCCCAGAAACGGAAUCUCCUCUACACGGCAGCUUACACUCAGAGGGCUCCAGUGGCAGCAGCACAGGGAACACCCACGAUGACUUCGUUAUGGUCGACUUUAAACCAGCAUUUUCAAAAGAUGACAUUCUUCCAAUGGACCUGGGGACAUUUUACCGUGAAUUUCAGAACCCCCCUCAACUCAGCAGCCUCUCCAUUGACAUUGGAGCACAGUCCAUGGCAGAGGAUUUGGACUCGUUACCAGAGAAGCUGGCAGUCCAUGAGAAAAAUGUCAAAGAAUUUGAUGCUUUUGUGGAAACCUUGCAGUGAAGCUGUUUCCCAGUUCUGCUGCAGCAAUUCUUCCUCCCCAAGGCAUCCUGGAGAUGACAUCAACAGAUAUCUCUAUUGCCCCUGCUCUGCCUUUUGUUCACAUUGACUAGUUCCCUCCAUCAAGUGAGCUUUCUUUUCUCUCUUCAAUGACAGAUACAGCUCAUCUGCUGAUUCUCUUCAAUUUUCCACCACAUAGUUCUGGACUGCUUUUCCUGCUCACAGUCAGUUUUAAGACUUCAGUAGGGACACAGGAAGUCAAACCUCAGUGUAUGGAAACUUACUUUCUCUUCAGUCUGUGUUCUGUAUGGAGGGGCGUUGUGGAAAGCUGCCAUAUGCUUCCUCCAAGGGUCCUAUGGUGUAAGUUUCCUAGGUAGAGCUUCUUGCUAACAGACUUUUUCCUGCAGUCUCUGAUCCUGUUAGAGCAUAGAAAGCUUUGGCUUAUUUCCAGGGUCUGUGAGUUCAGCAAAUUGAACUGUUUGAAGUCCAUUCCACAGAACUGGGCAUUUCCUCCUGACUUCAGAGUGUGUGCUUGGAGCACAGGGAGAGACGUCAGCUUUGGGACCUGCAUAAUCCAAGUUACCUUUGUUUUCCUGCUUCUAAGGAAUUGGGUCUCUACACUGUGCAAGGCCCUCUGUUAGGUGGCUGAUAGGCAGGAGUGAAACUGCAGGAAUGCUUUCCACAUUUCCUUCCGAGUGCACUGACACUCGGCCAUGCUGAGUUUAACAGUGUUGACUGUUGGCAAGCCUGCACGUACCAGCUGAGAUGAUGCUGAAUUCAUAGUCUCUGCUUUUGAAACAUAACUGUAAAUACUAGGAAUCCUAUUUCUUUAGGGUUAUGUAACUAGGAGUCUUCGUCCAAGAUUUUUUCCUCUAAUCCUUGCAAACCUUCCUGCUUUAUGGUUAAUAGAUGAUCUUAAGAAUUAAAAAAUAUUUAUUGCUUUUAAAGAAACCUAUAUUUAAAAGAUGUUCUGUUUUCAUGUUAUAGUGCGGGUCAUUCUGUCCUGAUCACUGCAGAGAGCAAGUGUGCCAUGGAACCCUAGCCAGUGAGGCUAGUCUCUCUUUGCAAGAAAAUAUCGAAGAUAUUUAUUUUCUAAGACAGACUUAAUUAAUACUAUACUCUGUUUGGGGGACUGUGUGUCCAUUACAUCCAGCCAGGGCUCACUGAUAAAAUGAAAUGCACACGUCAGUGGAAUGGAGUGGCAGGGACUUGGUAAAAAGCUGUUUUCUGAUAGGCAUGGAUGAAUUUGUAGUGUUCUUUGGCCAUUCAGAAGGCAGCUUCUUUAAAGAAGCACACUUUUUUGGGAAGCUUAUGGUACUUUUUAAUCAGCUGGCUUUUGAGUAGCUGAAAUUUUAUUUUUGUAAUAAUCCAGCCACUGACAGUGUGACUGGCUGGAAUUGCUCUAUGGGUGAUUUGGCUGUUGCAUGUCUUCUGCCUCAUGUAAGGAUGGGAGGAGAAACAGUGACACUAAACAGAAACUUGGAUAAGGUGGGGUUUCUUGUGGUUCUCUCCAUUCCUGCUCCGUGUAACUAGAGUGUGCAACUGCAAGACCCCUUACUGUCCAAAACCACUUCUUUUCCCCCUAGUUUCUUUUAAGUGGAGUUGUUUUGCUUGAGGACUGAGAAACCAUCUUCAUUUCCUCCGAGUGGCUGAGUAACCAGCCUUCCAGUUGGUGCAAUGUGGCAGCUUCAGCUUAGCUGCAUUCUUCAUUGGAAGAGAUUGCCUGCAGCUGAUGUGGGAACCCCAGCUCCACUCUGGGACUCUAUUUCUGUGUCACUGCUGGAGCAAGGAGCCAAAUUCACAGCAGCUUACUUUAAGGCCAGAGCAAAGCAAUGCUUUGAAGUUGAUGAGAAUUUUUGUUGAGAGAUGUGUUUGGUGGGAGGCCUUGUAAGUUCUAAAACUCCAGGUAAGAGCUUCAUUGAAGGAAAAUUACCCACCAGAACCUUUUUAUUUUACUCAACUGAUUCAACUUCUUAGCAACCUCACAUGGAAAUUGCUUUGUCCAUGCAAAGAUGCAGAAACAUUUAAGAAAGGUUCCAAGAUGAAACAGUUUGUAACAGGACUUCAGUUACACAGGCUGUAACAAAUAUUUGUUACCCAUCCAAAAGCCACCUUGUUUCACAAGUGGGAAGGGUCACAGAAGGGUGCAGAACAAGGAAAUAAUGUAUCAACUGCCUCUCACCUGUGUCCAGGAAGUUGGUCUGCCACUUUGUAGGGAGUAGUUUGUAGACAGGUGGUUGUGAACUUUAGUCUCUGAAGUGAUACAAUCUGGGCUGCAGAGCAGCAGACAGGAGGCAAAGGGCCGGUUCACACCAUAUGAAUAGUUGAGGCUAAAGUUCAUCUAGCCAGCACUCCUGCUGUGCUCUUCUGCUCACAAGCUGUGGAGCUGGCAGGGAGCACUGCCAUUCUUGUUAACCCCACCCAGCAGGUCAGGGCUUGUACUUGUGCUCCUUUAUUGUGGGAGUUCCUAACAUGGCUACAGCUCUCACAUCUCAUAAGGCAAAAUGGCACUGUGGCACGUUUCCUCCUCUUCAAGAGGCUGGAAAAUUGCCUAUAUAAGCUGCUAGUGUUGAGCUGGAUGGCCAUAGCAAUAAGAGAGCCUCCAGGGCUGAGGUGCCUGCCUCUUCUCUGGACAGUCUUCAGUUUUAACACAUGGUUGCUACGUCUAGGCCCUGAGUUCCCUGACCACUGCACAAAUGCUCUGCUGCUGUGGCCUGCCACAGAUUGUAUUAUUGAAGGCUGUUUAUUUUAGCAGCUCUCUGCUCUGCUGAACAUUAAGGACAGUAUCUAUGUAGCUGCUGAUUUACAGAUACUUUGGGUGGAGGGGAAGGUUCCUCAAGUGUAUUAUUUUGGAAAGUCUCUGGUGUAUUUCAAGUAUUCAAAGAAUUUCCAAUAAAACUUUUGUGUAAGCA